UCUGCCUAACUGUCAGACGUCACGUUCACGCAAGUCUGGCGACGUGGAAAUAUGAUGGAAUAGGACUAGAGUCAAAUCAGUUUUCUCAAAUUAGCAAACUGUUGUUUAUCAUUGACAUCUACAUCAUUAGCUACUGUUCAGUAAGCAGAAGACUUCAGAAGAACCUGGGAGAAAGUAAGCUAGCUAGGUGCCACGAGAGCAGUGAAUUUGACAGUACAAUACCUGAUGUGGUAGUGGGAGAUGAGGCAGUGAGAGAGAGCCUCUCCCUAGAUCCACAUCCCAGGAGAUGGGAGCCAACACCAGCCAGGUCAGUGACCUGUCAGAGAACCAGAGCCUCCGGACCCUGAUCGGCACAGAGUCCAUCUCAGAUAAUGACCCCUUUUGGAACCAGCUAAUCUCCUUCACAUUCAUCAGCCCCACUAGCAGUGGUAACUCCAAGCUGUUGGAAGAGGCUGUAAUUCCCCUGGCCAAGAUCCUGAUUAAGAACAAUCCCAGAACAGGGAAUUUUGGAGCCCUAGUGAGAAUAUUCCUGGGAAGAACCAAAGAGUUGAAAAUAUCCACAGAAUGCCAAGAUCAGCUGUUCAUCUGGCAGGCCCACAAUACCUUGUUCAUGAUUCGCUGCCUUCUCAAAGUCUUUAUCAGGGAGAUGACAGAGGAGGAGCUGCACUUACAGUUCUCCUACCAGGAGAGGGUGCCAGGCUCCUGUGACACAGGGAGCGAGGUACUGCUGGAAGAGCUGAUGUGUAACCUCGUACACCUGGUGGUGGAGGUUCCCCUGCUGGACAUCACGUACAGUAUCCUGUUUGAGGCUGUAACCACCAUGCUGGUGUUGCUGUCCUACCAACUCUUUCACAAGGAGAUCCUGAGAGACGGACUCAUCUACCAGUACCUGAUGAAGGGGCGAUGUCUGUCCCUGACCAGUCAGUUGGUGAAGACUCUGCUGUAUAACUUCAUCAGACAGGAGAAGUGUCCGCCUCCUGCCACACACAUCUUUGAACAGCAGUCUGACGGAGGAGGCCUGCUGUACGGACUUGCCUCGGGAGUAGCAAGUGGGUUGUGGAGUGUGUUCGCGCUGGGUGGAGCCGGCAGUAAGCCAGGAUUGGACCAGGAACAGAACCCUCUGCCACUGUCCAAUCAGAGCCUGUUAUUGCUCCUGGUGCUAGCCAAUCUGACAGAUGGACCCAACAACUGUCCCAACCCCUACAGACAGGCUGUCACAUGCUUCAAAAACACACAAGACACGUCAUCCAUCCCUACAGAGCAGCACCAUAUGUUCCAGAUAAACUUCAACAGCCUUUACACAGCUCUGUGUGAGCAGCAGAGAUCCAACCAGGCUACACUGAUACUCUACACACUGCUACAUCAGAACACCAACAUGAGGACAUACAUGCUGUCACGCACAGACAUGGAGAACCUGGUGAUGCCCAUCCUCAAGAUCCUGUAUCAUGUGGAAGACAGGAACUCUCAUCACGUCUACAUGGCCCUCAUCAUCCUCCUCAUCCUCACUGAGGAAGAUACUUUCAACAGAUCCAUACAUGAGGUGGUAUUAAAAAACAUAACUUGGUAUUCAGAGCGUUCAUUAACAGAAAUCUCCCUGGGUAGUCUACUCAUCCUGGUGGUCAUACGCACCAUCCAGUUCAAUAUGACACGGACCAGGGAUAAGUACCUGCACACCAACUGUCUGGCUGCCCUGGCCAAUAUGUCUGCCCAGUUCCGCUGCCUACACCAGUAUGCAGCCCAGCGCAUCAUCAGCCUGUUUGCACUGCUGUCCAAGAAGCACAACAAGAUUUUGGAGCAGGCUACCCAGUCUGUACGAGGCCUGCGGCGGGCAGACUACGCCCAGGACCUGAAUGUGAUCGAGGAGGUGAUCAGGAUGAUGCUGGAGAUCAUCAACUCGUGUCUGUCGAACUCUUUACACCACAACCCUAACCUGGUCUACGCCCUGCUCUACAAGAGAGAGCUCUUUGAACAAUUCAGAACACACCCAUCCUUCCAGGACAUCAUGCAGAACCUUGAAACAGUGAUAGGUUUCUUCAGCCAGCGUCUUGAGGCAGCAGGGACAGACUUGUCAGUAGAGAGGGUUCAGGAGGUCAUCAUGAAGGGAGCACAGGCCCUGCCCAAAGACCGCCUCAAGAAGUUCCCGGAGCUGAAGUUUAGGUACGUGGAGGAGGACCAGCCUGAAGACUUCUUCAUCCCUUACGUGUGGUCCCUGGUUUUCAACUCUGGAGUAGGCCUUAACUGGAGCCCUACAGGCAUAGAACUCUUCAGCAGGGACUCUGGCUGAUUGUGGGAGUUCACAUCUGUCUAGCUAUGGGCCAAUCCAAACUUCCACUUUAGUCAAAUGUUUUCUUAGUCAUGCAUUGAUGUAAAUGGGAGAUGUUACCUUAGUGGAAGUUAGGGUUUGCCUGUGUGUGUGUAUUUAUUUGUAUAUGUGUGUGCGCACUGCUUUGGAAGUGCCUCUACCCUCACAGACAGAUCCCUGGGUUACAAUGGGAUCAGAUGUUAGACAGGAGGACAUUGAAUAUACUGGUCUUCCUUUCUGCUCCUAUUCGUUCAUAUCAGACAGACUUUUCCUCUGUGCUUCCACGUAGCCUGGUUAGUCCAGACUGAACACUGAGCUCACCAUUGUGAGUCAUAAUUCAGUCUGGUACAACCAGGCUAGCUUCCACAUGGUUCAGCUCCACAACCAGACCUCAACAGCAGCACAGAAUACUAAGGAUGGUACUCUUUACAGAGACAGUUUGUUUUCUCCAUUAUUGGGAGUUUGGUAAAUGUUUUUGUCCUCCGUCUUUCUCAGGUUUUCUCUGGUUUUGCCUCACUUCAAAUUCACCCUUGGUUCUUUCGAGUUUGCUUAAAUCUUUCUCUUUUUUAUGAAGUGAAGUCGUUAUGGUUCAAAGUAAUAAAACAAAUCAGAGUAUUCGGAGUAUUCAACUGUCAGAGUAUUCAGAGCAGGGUCACCUGGGAUCCUGGGUUGAAGACUGGACAGUUGAUGACAGUUAACUGUUGGUGAUGGCCUAAAGGUGUCAAUACGAUACUUGUCGCUGUAGCCUAGUCCCAGAACUUGUCACAAACUGAAUCUGGGACCAGGAUUUUGUGACUGUCUUAAGUCACGUCUUUACCACAAUAAGGAUUUACUAUCAGCAGUUUAGCAAAACAGGGGGUCCUCGUUUUUCAUCAGUUUGAUUCAACUCUCCUUAUUUUCAGUCAGUUGUCCCAAUGUUAUUUUGUGCACAAUCACGUUUGUUCAUUUGUUUAUUUGCUUGUUUUAUAGGAUUUUAAUUUUUUUAUUAUUGUAUUUAUGUGUGGAUUUUGAUAUUUGCCCCCACCAAAACAUAAACGACAAUCAACAGCAACAACAGUAGCAAAAUGAGAUCCUUAAUAUCCUUGUAGAGGAGCAUCAACAACAACAACAAAAAAUGUACGCCAUCUUAUUUCCUGGUAGUUACGUAUUUGUCUUAAUGUCAAUAUAGAACAACAACAACUGACAGUUUUGCAAAUUCAAAGUUGAAUUUAGGAAGCAUAAUUAUUAUCUAUAGAAAAAUAACUAUAUACUGUAUAGGCUGUCACAUGUUUAUUUAGCCUUGUAAAUGUUCCAGGAUGCGUCGAAAUUGGUACCCUAUUCCCUAUAUAGUGCACUACUUUAGUAGAUAGUAAAUAAAUUGUAUACUGUAGGGAUUAGGGUGCCAUUUGAGAUGCAACCCCAAUGUUGUACAGAUCAGGGAAUGCAUGUAAAUGAUUUUAUAGACAAAUACAAACGCAUGUUUGUUUCUUUUCCUACCUGUUCCAUAUGAAUCUGAAGGGAAGAUGUUCCUUCAAGUGUUCCAAAUGGCACCCUAUUCCCUCUAAAGUGCACUACUAGGGCCCACAGGGCUCACUUUGAAUAUUUUUUGUUCUGCAAAAAAUGAACUGACAAAUAUAUUUAGAAUAGAUAUUUAUGAAUGCAUCAACAUGACAUGCAUAAUAAAACAUGAUUGAGUGAGAGGUUGUCCCUGUAGGCAGACUGUAGGAUCCAAUGUUUGAAGUAAACAUUGCUGUUACAGAACUGUGGUCAAAGAUGACGUGCCUCCCAAAAAUGUGGCGUUCUUCCUGAAGUGUGCACUUACUUCCCACACAUUUAAAACCAUUGAAGGGAGGUGAACAAGUGCUCACUUUGGGAAAAAGGAGAGAUUAUUCAGAUGUACCCAAAGAUGUAUUCUCUUCUUGCAUUCAGUAACAUGAGUAUUCUCUAUAGUGAGUGCGUGAAGUUUGAGAAGCACCCCUUUUUUUCUACUUUUUAAAAUAUUUUUAUUUAUUCUUUACUUUUACCACUUUUUCUCCUCAAUUUCGUGAUAUCCAAUUGGUAGGCCCUUGAGAAGCGCUCUUGAAAGCAUUAUAUUUUAUUUAUUUGGGGUUGUUAUGACUGCUGUUUUCAUCUGAAAAAUAAGAAGAAUGUAUUAAAACUGGAAUCGUG